AUGUCUACUGUUUCAUCUGGUCAAGGAGUUGCCAGUGUUGUUCAAGGUAUCCAAAACUCUACCCAGGGAGUUACUAUUGCAACAGCGAAGAACGAGUUGGAGUCUAUUAGCCCUGAUUCAGCUCUCUGGGUGCAAAAUUGGGAGGCGAAAAAGUGGUCUGAUGUUGACGUUAAUGGCGUUUCCCUAGAUCCUGUGCUUAUUUCUCUGCCAAAUGGCAAGGUCCAUGCAUUUGCCGUCGGUGCCGAUCUCUAUCUGAGCCACAAGUGGUACAGUCAAUCAACAGGAUGGUCGAGUUGGGUCUCCACCACUAGAAAGAGUGCCUCCUCCCCUGUUGUCACACAUUAUGGUACUGCCACUGCCAAUACAUUCGCUGUCUUUUAUGUCUCAUUAGAGCAUAUCCCGUACGGAGGGAUAAGUACCUCCGAUACUGAUUUCACCUGGACAGCCAUCGGUGACGGGGUUAAGAAGUUAAGAAGUGACUCUCUAGCAGCCCUGGAUCGAAGCUACGACCAAUCCAUGUCUGUUGUCGGUGUCGAACUUACUACAGGAGAGCUUUUACACACAUGGAGUGCCGGGGGUACCUGGGCUAAUGCUUGGGAAACGCGGAGUGGAGCUGGCUAUUGCUUGAGUAAACCCACGAUUGUGUGUUCCAAAGCAUUAUGUAUCGAUGUCUUCGUGUUUGCAGCAGAUCGCGGUUUGAGGCAAUUGACCCACCGAUCUGGUGGCAUUGGGUGGGGAACUUGGCAGAAUCUUUCUGGCGCUUAUAUAUACGAUCCCAUUUCCAUCUCGGCAUCUCCUGGCCGAAUUGACGUCUUUGGAAUCGGUCUUGAUGGGUAUAUCUAUCGAAGUACUGUAACUCUGACUGGGAAUGAGGUUGGAAGUUUUACACGGACAUACGUCGGCGCUCCUUCUAUCUCAUCUCCGAAGGUACAAGUCACAUCACCUGGUGUAUUUUCGGUGACUACUAGGAAAUCAAAGGGUGUUUACCAACAGAUUUUCUACGAGUCAACUACUGGUGUAUGGACACCCAGCAGUGGUAUCAUGAUGGGAAACAAACUGUUCUAUGCGGAACUGGGUGCGGAAGUAUCGAGCGUUGCUAAGAUAUUUGAGGGUGGUAUCGUGGCUGUGUGA